AUGGCACCUAAUAAAAUUCAAAAUUUGUUUUAUUUUCUUUGUUUGGCAAUUACCUUUAUUCCCAGCCUCUAUGCUAAUGUCUUGGAGAGUGAAGCGUUUUGGCAGGACCAACUAAGAAUGUUUGAUUCUUACUGGAGAGAAAGAGCCGAGGUUGCUAGGCAGGAAAACGAGAAAGCCUAUUUCCCUGAUCCCUUUGCCAUCUCCGGCAACUUCACCUCUGCCAUUAGCUGGGACAUUCUUGGAAGGAAUGGAGGAAGAAGGUUGUUGAAAGGAAAGAACAAAGGAGCUCCAUGUGUGGCGAGCAACCCCAUUGACAGGUGCUGGAGGUGUGACCCACACUGGGCUGAUAACCGCCAAAAGCUUGCGAAUUGUGUUAUGGGAUUCGGCAGAAACACGUACGGAGGAAAAGGAGGAAAAUACUACGUGGUCACCGACCCUUCCGACGAUGAGUUGCUGGCUCCCAAGCCCGGCACUCUUCGCCAUGCAGUCACAAGAACUGAACCCUUGUGGAUCAUCUUCUCCCGCAGCAUGGUCAUCACCCUCCAGCAAGAGCUCAUCAUGGCUGGCAACAAGACCAUUGAUGGAAGAGGCUUUGAUGUCCACAUUGCACACGGUGCUGGCAUCACCAUCCAGUUCAUCAAGAAUGUCAUCAUCCAUGGCAUCAAGGUCUACAACAUCGUCGUCAAGGACGGUGGCAUGAUCAGGGACUCCGAGACUCAUUACGGCUUCAGGACUAAGAGUGAUGGUGAUGGUAUCUCCAUCUUUGGCUCUAGCAACAUCUGGAUCGACCAUGUUUCCAUGAGAAACUGCUCCGACGGAUUGAUUGAUGCCAUUAUGGGCUCCACCGCCAUUACCAUCUCCAACGGCCACUACACUGACCACAACGAGGUGAUGCUGUUUGGAGCGAGUGACAGCUACAGCGGCGACAAGAUCAUGCAAAUCACCUUGGCAUUCAACCACUACGGCAAGAGGUGUGUUCAGAGAAUGCCAAGAGCCAGAUAUGGUUUCGUCCACAUUGUGAACAAUGAUUAUACUCAUUGGGAGAUGUAUGCCAUUGGUGGCAGCAAGAACCCUACCCUGAUCAGCGAGGGUAACAGGUUCAUCGCCCCCCCAAACCGGUUUGCCAAGGAGAUCACCAAGAGAGAAUACACAGAAGAAAAAAUAUGGAAGGACUGGCAAUGGAGAUCAAUCAAUGAUGAGUACUUGAAUGGAGCGUUCUUCAUUCAAUCAGGACCUGAACUGAAGAACAGGCCAUUCUCAACAAAGGAUAUGAUCACAGCCAAGCCAGGAACAUAUGUUGGACAGCUAACACGCUAUGCGGGUGUUCUUCCAUGCAGAAUUGGACAUCCCUGCUAG